AUGCUGCUUAUCCUUGGGGACUGGAUGCGCGCCUUGUGGUAUCUGGUGUUUGCCAUAGUAUCCUUUAGGCGUGGGACCAUCUACACCCACACCCGCUUCUGUCAAGCUGCCGGCUACCUGAUACAGAUGGCUACUGAGGUAUCUGGUCAGGACCUGCCUACCUUCCGUCCAUGUACCCAUCCACUGACCGGCGCAGACUUCUCGGUACUCUUCAUAUCGAUACACGGCGCGACACAGAUCUUCAAGCCGCCCGUGUCGAUCGCGGGCGGGGACGAUCGACUGUACACGCACCGCCACUGGAUCUACGCUUUCAUCCUGAUCGUGCCUCAGAUCUUUGCGUCUCUUCCCUUUGCAGACUCCCAUGCAGCUGGAUACCUUUCUCAAGGCGCCUUCUGCACGCUGCCCCUACGGCCGAUAUGGUAUCGCCUUGCACUUGCGUGGGUUCCACGCUUGGCCAUCUGGAUCACCAUUCUUGGGCUGGCAAUCGCAAUCUACAUCCACGUCCACCGCGAGUUCAGUCACUUUUCGGCCGCGUUCCGACGCCACUCGACAACUUCAACGAGCUUCUUGUCCGAGACGCUUGAUGGAAGCCCGCCGGUGACGGAUACCAGACGCAGUGGCAGCCCGGACGUUUGCCUCCAUCGCCCAUCCUUCGACUCGGGCGAGCAGGCGACUGAUGUUGCAUCCGAUUCUGCCCAUGUAGUGGCCGCGCUCCGGCCCACACAUGCACGUCAAAUCUCGUCGGUGGACCCUAUUAGCGAAGUGCCCAACGAAGCUCUCUUGAAUCCGAAUCUGAUGACAACCGUAUCCCCAGACGGCCGGCGUAAUUCACGAGUCCGUAUCGAGGUCCCGGCCGGUCUUGUUGCCUCAAAUACCCAGGUAGAAGCCGCUAACUCUACCAACAAGCGGAGGAGCAUUUCUGAGAGCCUGCGUUCGUGGCGAGGUUCCUUGAAGGAGGCCUGCGACAACCCAAACAGCCACCGCUCCAGCUUGCCCGGCUCCGUCGAUUCGGGGCGCCGAUCGCCCAGCCGUCACGGUAUCACCGUGUUUACUGCCUUCCUCAAUCCGGGUCGACGCGCCUCGGACGGAGCCAAAAGCACCUCGACCGGCCGUACUCGCUCGCGUCACUUGUCUGCCACCAGCCGCGCCGAGCGCAAUUCCAGACGCCGCGUCUCCGAUCCGCUAGAGGCACAGAUGCGCCAGAAGCGCACCCACAUCCGCCGGCAGCUGCGACAGGUCUUCGUGUACCCACUCGUCUACAUAUGCAUGUGGCUGUUCCCGUUCGUCGCCCUGUGCCUGACGUACAACUCGAGGCUCGUCAAGCGGCCGCCCUUCCUCGUCAACACGUUCAACAACUUCUGCCUCUGCUUCAUCGGCGCCGUCAACGCCGUCGUCUUCUCACUGCGCGAAAAGCCGUGGCGCCACAUCGACGGCAACCCCAGCCGCUGCUUCUGGAGCAGCUUCUGCGUGUGGCGCGGUAGAGACAACGACAUGGAAGAGAAGGACGACCAUCGUCGGCCUAGCCAACGCUGGAGCGGAAGCACAUGUGUCGACGCCAACUCCAGACCGACGACCACGAUAGCCGCCGACGACUACCGCCCCGCCGUCUUCUCCACGCCGCAAAAUGGUUCUCAGACCCUACACCCGUCCACCGCGCCGCCACCGCAACCGCCUCCGCCGCCGUCCUCACUCGUCGAGCAGCCACCCGCCAAUCCGGAAAGCAACCGCGACAUGGACAACGACUCACACGACGAAGACGCCAUCACCCCCAUAUCCUCGCCUCCUCCCCCACCAUCCGCAGCAGCAGCACCACCGCCACCACCCCGCCGCUCCACCCGCACCAUCCCGUCACCACCACAUCCUCUGACCUCCCACGCCUCCUUCCCUCCACGACCGGCCCUCCUCCGCCACGCCUCCACCCCGCCGCUAGCCCCUCCGCCCGUAUCCCCCUUUUCUCCUUCUUCUCCUUCUUCUCCCUCCCCCCUCCCUCCUCCCGGCCAACACCAACAUCACCACCACCACCACCACACCGCCAACACCCUCACCGCCCUCUCCCUCGCCACCGCCGCCCGCCGCGGCAUCAAGCGCGCCAGCAUCCUCAUGGCCGCCAGCGCCACCGCGCCGCGCGAGACGGACGCACAGCGCGCGGCCAAGGAGAUGGCGUAUGAGCGGCUGGCGUGGGAGAGGAACGCCGCUGCUGCCACGGCGAGGUUGAACGCUGCGGCGGCGGCGGCAGGGAGUAGCGGUGGUGGUGGUGGUGGUGGUUUGGUUGUUGGGGGAGGAGGAGGAGGAGGAGGAGGAAGAACAGGAGGGCCGAGGAGGGGGAGUACGGGGGAGAUUGUUGGUGGCGGCGGGGAUGGUGGUGGUGGGGUGUUCAACGUGGGGUCGGGGUCGGAGUCGGGGUUGGAGUUGGCAAAGUCGGGGCCGGGGUCUGGGUCUGGGUUUGGGACUGGGACGGCGGCUGCGGCGGCCGGUGGUGUGGGCGCGAAGGAAUGGUGGGAGGGGAGGGGGUCUGGAUGCAGUGGCGGUGAUGAGGGGGGUAAAGACGAUGGGUGA